ACGCCGGCCGCCGUCGCCGCAGUUGUUUUGCUCGACUUGUGCGCGUCGGUCUCCUCGAGUGUGUGCGCGGUGUGUGUCUCUCCUCUCCUGAGUGAGAGAGAGUCGUCCGUGUCUCGGUCCUCCGUCGACAUGCUGCUGAUUUGGGCGUUGCUCUCCUCGGCCAUCGUUGGCCUCACCCGCGCCCAGGGAGAACCAUGUUCGAACACGCUGAAUGGGCAGCCUGGCAUGUGCGUGUCCAUCUACAACUGCUCGUCGGUGGUGCUGGUGCUACGCGAGCAACAACCCCUUUCUCAGGACGUCAUCAAGCGGCUGCAAUCUGCCCAGUGCGGCUUCCAAGGCACCACCCCCAAGGUGUGUUGUGCGGACCACCUUCCUCUACCGCCGAAGCAGACGACGGCGCGUCCGCCAACCAGACCGUCAAACAGGCCGACAAACAGGCCGCCGCCAACUAAGCCGUCGGUGGGGGUAGCAGGGACGACCACCUCGACGGUCAGACCUAACCCGGCGUCGGUCCUGCAAAGGGUCAACGUGGGGCCCAAGCACCCCAAGAUCCACCUGCUGCCAUUCGACCUGUGUGGCGUCUCCACCGCAGACCGGAUCGUCAACGGCAAAAAGGCCGCGCUCAACCAACUGCCCUGGAUGGCAAGAUUGGGAUACGAAACGAGGUUCGGUGAGAGCUACCGGUGCGGAGGGUCAGUGCUGAGCAAGCGUUACGUUCUGACUGCGGCGCAUUGCAUGACAAAGCUGCCAAACGGACUAAAACUGAUUUCCGUGCUGCUCGGCGAGCUGAACGCCAACCAGGAAAUCGACUGUGAUUUUCUGAACCCUACGGUCUGCAACCCUCCGCCGCAGUCUUUCCGCGUCGCGGAGGCCAUUCCGCAUCCGCAGUACUCGCCCACCACCGUGCAGAAUGACAUCGGCAUCAUCAGGCUCGACAGGGACGCUGAUCUUACUACAGACGCAGUGAGGCCGAUUUGCCUGCCAAUCGGGAAUAUCCAGUUCAAAGACUUGAACCGCGUGAAGGCGUUCACCGUCGCUGGCUGGGGAACAACCGAACAAGGCUCGUCUAGUCAGGAGUUGUUGUACGCGGACGUGCCGCCGGUGAGCAACCAACUGUGCAAAGACGCGUACGUUCGGCAGGCGCAAAUCAUCGACUCGCAGAUCUGCGCCGGGGGACAGAGCCAGGAUUCGUGUGACGGAGACAGUGGAGGACCGCUCAUGGUGCCGGACGCGGUGCACGGGGACCCAGCGCCACGCAGCGUGCAGGUGGGCAUCGUGUCGUUCGGGCCGGUGCGUUGCGGCACCAAGGACAUGCCGGGAGUGUACACGCGCGUCGGCUACUACGUCUCCUGGAUCCUGGAAAACAUGCGGCCCUGAUUUGGAGCGAGAGACGUGCUAAACGAAAUUUGAUGUGUGACAUAAUUUUAUAACAUAUAUAUAAAUUAAUAAAAAUACGAAUGCGUUUAUUUUAUUUAAAA